UUGGUGGUUGUUUCCGGAAAGCCACUUCUCCUUGGCCCGUGUCGGAGAUGCACAGAUGCCUGAACACUGAUCAUUGUACCUGCCUGCCCUAAUCAGCAGACUGGCUGGCUGUCCUGAACUCCUGUGGAACUGCUGGAGGAAGGACGGCGGGAAGAGGGAUCGAGGGUGGUAAGGGCCGGAACCCUGAGGUUUGGGAGCUGAGCCUCAGGGAAGGAAUUGGGAGGAGACCCGGAGUCUGGCAGCUGGAGGACUCAGUCAUCUAGAUGGCCGCCCAGGGCCGCGCGACGUGGUGGCUGCUAUGGCUGCUGCUGCUGCUGCUGUUGGAUGCGGGCGUGGCGGGCGCGCAGUGGCACGGGGAGGGCACCAGCCCGAACCUGGAGAGCAUCUUCCUGGGUCGUUGCGACGAGUACAGCUCGCAGCUGCUGAGCCCAGAAGAGCGGGAGAAGAACUGCACGGCCAUCUGGGAAGCCUUUAAAGUGGUGCUGGACAAGGAUCCCUGCUCUGUGCUCCCCUCAGACUACGACCUGUUCAUUAACCUCUCCAAGCAUGCGCUUCCCAGAGACAAGUCCCUGUUCUGGGAAAAUAACCAUCUGCUUGUGAUGAGCUUUUCGGAGAAAGCCCGUCGCCUUAUGCCCCUGUGCGAUGUUCUGUAUGGCAGAGUCGGUGACUUCUUGAGCUGGUGUAGACAGAAAAAUGCCUCUGGACUUGAUUAUGAAUCCUGCCCUUCCUCAGAAGACUGUGAGAACAAUCCUGUGGACUCCUACUGGAAAAGGGCAUCCAUCCAGUAUUCCACGGAUAGUUCUGGGGUAAUCUAUGUGAUGCUUAACGGUUCAGAGCCCAAAGGAGCCUUUCCCGUCAAAGGUUUUUUUGCAGAUUUUGAAAUUCCAUACCUCCAGAAGGAUAAAAUCACACGAAUUGAGAUCUGGGUCAUGCACGAUAUUGGGUUACCCAAAGUGGAAUCCUGUGGAGAGGGCACUGUGAAAAUCCUGGAGGACAGACUGAAGGCCUUGGGGUUCCAGUACAGCUGUGUUAACGACUACCUGCCGGUGAAACUCUUAAUGUGUGUGGACCACAGCUCUCAUCCUGACUGCGCCUUAAAUUCGGCGGCAGUGUCUGCUCGGAGAGGCAUCUCAUCUCUUCCUGCAGAUCAAAGUGUCACCCUGCUCGCUGCGACCCUGCUGGCCUUGGCUGCGGGUGCCUGACCCACAGCGCCACGCUCAGCUCUGCCCCUGACCGCAGCGCCACGCUCAGCUC